AUGCGCCAGCCAGAGAAUGGAAACCCAACCCAGAGCCGUGUAGGAGGCAUGUUGGCACCGCCAGACGAACAUAGCUCCCUCCUUCAUCGACCGCUCUCCAACCAAGACGACCAGCCAUUGUGGGAAGACUCAAGGCCAUUUGUGAAAUAUCCAGCACACGUCGCGCAUGUUACUUGGCAGACGCUGGCCAGCAAUUAUGUCAAUGUAUUCCUGGUGUUCGUGCCAUUGGGUAUUAUCUCGGCACACGUGGGCUGGGGACCAACAGCUGUGUUCGUGUUAAACUUCCUUGCGAUCAUACCCUUGGCCUCGUUGUUGAGCUUCGCGACAGAGGAAUUGUCGGCUACUUUGGGCCAGACGCUGGGAGGCUUGUUGAAUGCUACGUUCGGCAAUGCGGUCGAAUUGAUUGUCAGUAUCGUUGCUCUUAUGGACGGCCAGAUUCGCAUUGUUCAAGCGAGCAUGCUCGGCUCGAUCCUCUCAAACAUUCUUUUGGUGCUUGGUUGUUGCUUCGUCGCUGGAGGGAUCAGACACCCAUCUCAGAAUUUCAACGAGACGGCGGCAUCUACGAUGUCCUCCCUGAUGGCUGUCUCAGCCGCCUCAUUGAUUCUCCCUGCAACACUGUAUGCAGUUAUGAAAGGCACCGAGGACGCGCACAAGAGACAGGAUAAGAUACUCAUGCUUUCUCACGGGACAGCUGUGAUCCUAUUGGUGCUCUAUGUUCUAUAUUUGGUAUUCCAGCUCAAGACGCACGCACAUCUUUUUGAAGAAAAGAAGCAGAAGGACGGAAAUGAUGAAGAGGGUCAAAGGAAUGAGACUUCCGGGGAAGCAGGAGACGAAGAGGAAGAGGAUAAAGCAGGGCAAGUACUAUCUCCGUGGUCUGCUGCCGUUGUCCUCGUGGUUAUCACUGUCCUCGUGGCUGUCUGUGCGGAGUAUCUCGUUGGAAGCAUCGAUUCGAUUGUCGCAACCGCUGGCAUCAGUAAAACCUUCAUUGGGUUGAUCCUCCUUCCCAUCGUCGGAAAUGCCGCAGAACAUGUUACUGCCGUCGUUGUCUCGAUACACAACAAGAUGGACCUGGCAAUUGGUGUUGCUAUUGGAAGUAGCAUGCAGAUUGCCCUACUAGUGACACCGUUCUUGGUGAUACUAGGCUGGAUCAUCGGCAAGCCAAUGACGUUGCAUUUUGAAACCUUUGAGACUGUGGUGUUUUUCCUGAGUGUCCUCGUGACGAACUACUUGAUUGCCGUAAGUGUGGAGAUUUCCACUAGAUGCUCUGACUGA